AUGAAAUACGCCCAGCUUGUAAUGGGACCUGCUGGCAGUGGAAAGGUAUGACUUCAAAGUAUAUAAAUUCAAAAAAAAUCGUUUUCAGUCCACAUACUGCUCUGUCAUAUACAAUCACUGUCUGAGCACGGGACGAACGCUUCGGAUGGUUAAUUUGGACCCUGCGUGCGAAGUUUUUAAUUAUCCAGCAGUUGUCGGUAUGAUUAACACCAAAUCAAAAGUGUUCCUGAUAAGCACACAUGCUCUUCAGAUGUUCGAGACUUGAUCAGUGUAAAUGACGUUCAAGAGGACGAAGAGCUGAUUUUGGGACCGAAUGGAGCACUUGUCUUCUGCAUGGAGUAAGAAUGCACUAAAUUUAUUUUUUUUUAAAACUGUUCUUUCGCCCAGGUAUCUUGUUCAAAACCUCGAAUGGCUGCACGAUGAGUUGGACGAAGGAGAAGAUGACUACUUCGUCAUCGACUGUCCCGGCCAAAUUGAGCUCUACAGUCACCUUCCCGUCAUGCGGCAAAUCGUCGAUGCGCUAAAAUCAUGGGAUUUCAAUGUGUGCUCCGUUUUUCUCAUCGACACCAACUUCGUCCUUGAAGCUGAAAAGUUCAUCUCUGGAGCUCUGACCGCUCUUUCCGCCAUGGUCGCCAUCGAGACUCCAGCCAUCAACGUGCUCACCAAAAUGGAUUUGUUAUCCGAAAGAAACAAACAACUGGUCGAGGAGUUUCUCGAGACGGAUACUCGUUCCAUUGUCGACCAGGAAGAGACCAUCUGGAACACGAAGCACAGACGGCUCACUCGCGCAAUUGCCCAAGUUCUCGAGGAUUAUUCGAUCGUGAAGUUUCUGCCAUUGAACUGUGAAGACGAGGAAAGCAUCAACCAGGUGCUGCUCACGAUCGAUACGACCAUUCAAUACGGAGAGGACCUUGAGGUGAAGGAUCACUUCCCAGAAGAACUGGAUGCUGAACAAGCAGAACACGUCUGA